AUGUCUCGCCGACACGAGCCUGUUCUCAUUGCAGGCGUUUACGUCCUAUCUUCUGCUCUGGAGUCCUCAAUUCGGCGCUGCCCCAAAAUGAUCCCCCGUGUGAAGUUCAUCACUUUAGCGCCUGUAAACCAAUCGUUGCAGCAGGCAAAUCAUGAUGCUGACUCAGUGAACCCAGAACCCAAGACCGCCAAUAGCGACUCUGAUACAGAGAGAGUUAAGGAGAUUUUAAGCAGCCUACCUACACUCUCAGAACAAGGGGAUAGCAGCGCUGCUAAUCUGUUUCAGGCGAUAGGGUUGCCAGGGCGUCGCUGCAAGAAGGCCAGUAAAUCGAUGGCAACCCCGAUCUGGAAGUUCGAGCGUUCCGGGGAGCCCAACACCAUGCCACGCAACGAUGGCGGUAGCGUUGCGUGUACUUACCAGUUAAAGACCUGUUAUUUCAACCCUUUAAGUGACACCUAG